GGGAGCUGACUAAGCCCUGCCUGCUUUGGUUUCAGUGCCGCGUUCGGAAGCAGCUCUUACUUGAUCCUCCCCGCCCGCUAAUCCAGCAGCAUGUCUCAGGCUGAAUUUGACCGAGCUGCAGAAGAAGUCAAAAACUUGAAGUCCAAACCAAAUGACGAGGAGAUGUUGUUCAUCUAUAGUCACUACAAACAAGCCACAGUGGGAGAUACAAAUACAGAGCGCCCAGGUAUGAUGGACUUCAGAGGCAAAGCUAAGUGGGAUGCCUGGAACUCUUUGAAAGGAAAAUCUAAAGAAGAUGCCAUGAAAGCUUACAUUGCAAAAGUGGAAGAACUGAAAAAAAAAUACGGAAUCUAAAAGAAACUGGAUUUAAACAAUCAGCCAUGCACUUGGAAGUUAAAUCAAAAUAAUGCAUUGAUUUCCUAAUUCUGUGGUCAAAAUCAAACCCAUGUAAAUAAUGUGCAGCAGUGACAGUUGGCAUGGCUACUCUAGGCCCAUCAGGUUACACAGCUGUCUAGCUGUUGAAUUGAAAAGUGAAACAGUUACUAAUCUUGGCUCAGUAGCUUUAACUGGUAAAUCAAUAAAGUGCAUUUGUUACUUUAA